AGUGAUAGUCGCAACUCCCUAGAUAUCAAGGUGCAAGUAGCCGACUACUGUCCUUUCAACCGCCGACAUCGCAUAAAGAAGUGAGGUUCAAAAAUGAAGACCUUUGUGUUAUUAAGUUUGGCGCUCUGCGUGUUUGUUGCAACAAGCACAUCUGCCCCCGCAACUACAACAACACCACCAUCUACAACCGGUUCAACAACAACUGUAACGUCUUCGCCAACAACUAACAUGAGCUCAAAUGCCACUACUGCUGGGCCCACCUCUACAUCAGAUGGCACCACUUCACAAGCGCCCUCCACACAAACGACCACAGCGGCUUCCAACUCCUCGACCCCUGACGCUACUUCAAUGCCAACGACGUCUAUGAAUCCGUCCACUGGUCCCUCAAAUACAUCAAUUACCACACACAAAAUACCUGCGACUACCAAUACAGCAGCCACCAAAUCAACUUCUGGUAUCUUUAUUGGCGCUAUGUUGACCGCUUUCGCCGUCAUUAUGGUCAAGUUCUAAGCUGGCAUUAACUUUUGGAUUCCAAGAGAUCUGUCCAUAAGCGGUGGUGUGAAUAUUCAUUUCGUCAACGAAUCAUGACGAAUUUCUAUCUGAAGUGAUUGUCGACGAUAUAUUGUGUCAUCAAGUGAUAUGUUUGACAAAAGUUCUCAUAAUUUGUGCAGUAAUUUGCAACAUUUACCUCUGAAAUAAUAUUCAUCGAACAAAGUUUAUAUGUAUAUUAAAGAAUAUUUAAAAUAUCCCACCGGAGUAAUACAUUUUAUUUCCAUCCUGAGACGUAAAUACUUCUUAGUAUUUUUAAUAUUUUGGUUUAAGUUAUAAUGUGAAUAUAUAGACUAAUGAUUAAAAAAAAUCUAUAUCAACUAACGUCUCGUCAGGUCUAAUAUGGCGUGACCUUAUUUUGAUAACAAAUUACAUGUAUAACAAUUUGAAAUUGCAUGUUCAUACAAGAUAAAAAAAAUCAAAAUUG